GAAUUCACAUGGAAAAGUGGAGAAAAAAGAGAAAUCAAAAAACUUCAUUGAGCCAAAAGUUCACGUAAAGGCAAUGACUGGAAAGAGUUUCAAAGAAUCAGAAGAAACGAAGAGUUCAAUUGACGAAUAUUGGUUUCAAGAAGAAUCUGACAAAGCCGGAAACCUGACGUGUAAUAAGCCACUUGAUCUGGUUAUUGCCUUGGACAGUUCAGAAAGUAUCCGUGAAGCAAACUGGUCCAAACUUGUUCGUUUCACGAAAGCAGUUGUGAAAACGUUGGAUCCGACUUUGACAAGGCUGUCUGUCAUUCGUUACAACACAAAUGCCGAAGUUCCGAUUCCUCUAGGAUUUUUCCAAAACGCUGAUGCGUUUGGCACGACGUUGGAUAACGUAUUCUACGAGCCAGGUGGAACCAGGACAGACGUUGCCUUAAGUAAAGCUUUAGCUGUUUUCGCUUCUGGCGGUCAAAGAAGAGCGAGCAAGGUCCUUCUUGUCGUCACAGAUAACCCGACCAAUGACAUUAGGUUGUCGAAAGACAGCUUGGUGAUCGGGCGAGAUUUGGUGGAAAAACCCUCAGAGAGCUUAAAAAGCUAUGAAGUGAUAACAUUUGGUGUGGGGGUGAAGUACGGACUGACAGGAAUUGAACAGACAGAUCUUACUGAAGAGCUGAAAAUGAUUACCCUUGAUCGCGUUGGUGAUAAACGGGUUGUUGAAGUUGCUGAUUUUGACGCUCUCCUCAAGGAAGCAAACAACGUCGCUGGCAAGAUCUGCCUAGUAAAUGGAGGUUGGAGCAGUUGGUCUCCUUGGUCGCAAUGCACAGCGUCUUGUGGAGGGGGCACAAAAGUUAGACUUCGACGUUGUGAUAAUCCUAUACCUGUCAACAAUGGAACUAAUUGUACAGAAUUGGCUGGUUCCACUGUAGAAACAGCUGCCUGUAAUAUAUACCCUUGCACUGAUGGUCUAGAAGUAACAACACUACGACCACUUCCAUUUCAUCCUGCAAAAGGUGUCGCACAAAACAUCCUAUUUUCCAGAGAUUGCCCGAAUGGUUUUGAUUAUGUCGUUGUUGAUGCUAAUCAAAUGAGUGCUUCAUCGGUCUACACAAGAGACACCGGGGAUCCAACUCUUUUGAAACUGCAUGGACCUGGUAACGGAAGGUUAUAUAACGUUAUGAACGCAGGAUCAUGGUGUGCCGAGCAUACUGAAUCGUUAUCGAACAAUCAAGAACAAUAUAUCCAAAUUGAUCUUAAACUUCCGGUGAAGAUCGCCAAGGUUGGCACACAAGGACAGGCAUCUUUGUUGUCGAAUAACUGGGUAACAUUUUUCAAGUUCAACUACAGCGAAGACGGAAGAACGUGGAAAUGCUACAACCAGACUCUAAAAGGAAAUGUGGACCGGGAAACUGUUAGUGAAAAUGUAAUCAGUCCUCCUGUCACCGCCCGAUAUGUGAGAUUCAAUCCACAACAUUGGAAUGCUCGUGUUGGCCUGCCCGCACACGAUAUCUGUAUGCGUGUUGGCGUUUUCACUUGCACUGACGUCAAACUGAAAAAGAAUCAUAAAACGUUCAAAAGAACUUUGAAAAGAACCCUAAAGAAUUGAUCAAACUAACAUCACGGGAAAGAAACUAGAUGUCUCUAUGUCGGACCAACCAUCAACUGAAACAAUGGUUUGGACAAUCGUGAUUAAAAAAACAUCUCCACGUAAAUAUUCAUUCAGACAUAUCCCCUACAUGCAUGGGUCCUGAACAUUUGCGACAUACCCCAUGCAUUUUUUAUUAAUAUGAUCUCGUAAAUUUCAAAUAAAAACUCCCACGUUUUUCGGGACAUAUUUAUAUUUCAGUAUUAGCAGGCAAUAAAAUGCAGAAUUAAUUGAUGAAUUAUAAUUCAUCCGCUAGAGUUGCUAUAUGUACACAUUG